AUGACGGACCAGGCAGGGGUGCGCUCCGUCUGGCUCAAGGUGGCGCCCACCUCGAGGCUCGAGGCGUCGGCCCGUCACCACCUCACCUUGCGACAUGCCCAGACGCUCGAGUACCAUUCGCUCCUCAUCUUCCGCUUCCCUUCGGCCGAUGCCGCCACCCCGUCGGCCUACUACUGCAUGGAGGCCACGUGCCCACACCUCGGUGCUCCGCUCGAGAAUGCCACGAUCGAGGAAAACGAGCCGUUGGACGACGUCGAAGAGAUCGAGGACUUUGUCGUCGUCUGCCCCUGGCACGAGUACGACUUUUCUCUCCGCACCGGCGAGUCGUCCCACGGCAUCAAGGCGUGCGUCUACGCUUGUCAGGUCCGGGACGAUGGCCAGCUCUGGAUCGAUGCACCCGCUCCCGCGCAGCACGUCGCAGCUGCUGAGUCAGAGGCCAAGAAGGACGCCUGGGACAUUGUCGAGAUCAGGCCGGUCAGCGAAGCCUACGCUCGCAACACGGGAAGGGAGGACGCCGCCAAGGCGCUGCACCUGCAAGCCUCAAAGCUGGCCCUCGACGCCGAGGCGCCCCUGAAAGAUGCCCCGCACAGCGAACCACCGACAGGCGUGGAGACGGCGUCCUCGUCGAUCCCGCCACCCUCGCCGGCGCCAAGGACGCUCGUGGCAUGGGCGGUCCUCGUGCUCAACACGCCCGAGCCCGCCAAGAAGGUGGCCUACACGCGCUACGCCGCCCAGGCCUUCCGCUCCGGCGAAUGCAAGAUCAUCGGCGGCGGUCGGUGGGUGCAGAACGAGGCGGAUCCGUCGAAGCGGCGGUGGCACGUCUCGGAAGCCGAGACGCCGCCGGAACGGCCGGCCAGGCUCCAGGAAGAGAUCCGUGUCAAGCCUGGCGCCGAGGGCAAGCGUGGUCGAGGCGGGACAGAGCGGAGCCGAAUCGCCAUGCUACACUCGCUCGCCAACAUCGAGCAGUGGGCCAUCGACCUGGCGUUUGACAUCAUGGCGCGCGCUCCGCGGCUGUGCGCCGAGUACUUUGCCGACGCCGAGGGCCCGGCGCCCAAGAUGCCGCUGCAGUUUUUUUCCGACUUUGUCAAGGUGGCCGAGGACGAGGCCAAGCACUUUUCGCUGCUCGACGAGCGGCUGCGCGAGAUGGGGAGCCACUUUGGCGCGCUGCCGGUGCACCACGGGCUGUGGGACUCGGCCAUGGAGACGGCGCACUCGCUGACGGCGCGCAUCUCCGUCGUGUCGCUGGUGCACGAGAGCCGCGGGCUGGACGUCAACCCGAUGACGAUCAAGAAGUUUGAAAACGCCGGCGACGCCAAGAGCGUCGAGACGCUGACGACGAUCCACCUCGAUGAGAUUACCCACGUCUCGGCGGGGCACCGGUGGCUGACGUGGCUGUGCGCCAAUGCGCGGCCGCAGCCGCUGGACCCGGUCCAGGUAUUUCGCCAGGAGGUCAGGCACAACUUUAUCGGCAGGCUCAAGGGGCCUUUCAACGUCGAGGACCGCAAGAGGGCCGGGCUCGACAAGAAUUGGUACGAGGAUCUGGUGGGCGAGAUGAAGAGCAAUCGCGACGGACGCGGCGCCGUCGGCGUGCAGCGCAACGAGGUGCCCGGUGGUUAG